AUGGGCUACACCUGGUCGGUCGACGGAGGUGGUGGGAGAGGGAGAAGGCAGUCAUCCGGAGUAGGGUCAUUAGCAGUGGUGGAGACCAACACAACAAACCUCUCUCUGUUCAAUUAUUCCUUGAAUGGUGGAGCGCAUGGGAGAGACAGCCAGUCUUGUGAGUCACAGACUUUUAUGGUUGACUUUUUCACACUGGUUUGGUGGGGUGUUUGGCUCUGUGGGCUGCUGGGAAAUGUGGUGGUUGUGCAGUUCCUGGGCUUCCACAUGAAGAAGAGCCCCUUUACUGUCUACAUCCUGAACCUGGCCAUCGCUGACUUCUCUCUGAUCCUUUUUUUUGUUUACCAUUUGCAUUACAUGGUCAGCACAUAUCUCCUGACAGCAAUCAGUGAGGAGCGAUGUCUCUCUGUCCUCUUCCCAACCUGGUACCGAUGCCACCACCACAACCACUUGUCAGGCAUCGUGUGUGGGGUGCUCUGGGCUUUGCCUGGCAUUUUCAUUUGCUUAACAUCUAUUUGCUGUAAUUUUUACCUAAUGUCUGUCUGGGGCAACAUAUGCAGUGGUGCAGAUCUUCAGAGUUCCCUCAUAUUCUCCACCCUGCCACUGCCGUCAGACUCGAUCCUAUUCAUCAAACUCUGGUGUUGCUUACUAAGGCAUCCCCCAGGGAGGCUGCCCAUCAUGCUUCUCACCAGCCUCUUCAUCUGUUGA